AAUCCAUUUUUGUUAUCGGUGUAUAUCAUCACAAACCAUCAUCAUCACAAUCAUAUAUGUCUAAUACAAGCUAUUACCGAUCACCGUUCGGAGACACGACCCACACCAAAGUGUUCGUUGGAGGUUUAGCAUGGGAGACUCCGACCGAUGAAAUGCGCCGUUACUUUGAUCAGUUCGGAGAGAUUCUUGAAGCCGUCAUCAUUACCGAUAAGACCACCGGAAAAUCUAAAGGCUAUGGUUUUGUCACGUUUCGAGAGUCGGAUUCAGCGACGAGAGCCGUCGCUGAUCCGAAUCCGGUGAUCGAUGGACGAAAGGCGAAUUGCAAUAUUGCGUCUUUUGGACGGCCACGACCAUCGACGCCUCGAGGACGAGGACAAGGAGGAAGCCCGAGUCAGUAUCAAGGCGGAGGACAAUCAAGCUACACCGGAAUGGCUGCUCCGGUGCAGCAGGCUGCGACUGCCCAGCUCAUGUAUCCGUCAUACGGGUACACCUACAAUUCUGAAUAUGGGUACCACCAAGCCCUAUACAACGCACAGCUCCAACAGGCACAAUACUAUCAACAGCAAAUGUACGGAGGAGGAGGAGCAACAUCACCAUCAUCAUCCAACAUCAUGCCUUCCCCUUAUUACUACCUUCAAGCUCCAAGCCCUAGACCAUAUCCUCAUCAUCAACAACAACAUUAUCAGUAUCAUCAUCAUCAGCAGCAACAACAACAACAACAACGUUUACCUUCUGCUUCUUCUUACCUAAUUUACCCAUCCAAUGUCGAGGCUCCUACUUCAUCUAAUGCCCCCAUUUCCCAAGGGCCACUAUCUUCCUCCACUGAAUCACACGCACCACAACAAGUAUCAGAAGAAGGUGGAGAAUUCGAUCCAACGGAUGCACCUGAAAGUACAACCACGAACACCAGAGACUUAACGUCAUCGUCAUGAAUCAUGAUCAACUGCCUCAAUUUGUACAAUCUUGACAUUUUUUUACAUUCUCUUUCUCGUCAUCCAACCAAAAAAAAAGCUAAUUCGUUUAUAUUUUCUCAACCACAUUCAUGACUUAACAUGACUGCCAAAAUAAAGAUGGCUCUAUCUA